GGACAAUAAUAAUUUGGUAUUAUUCUACUUUUCUUCUUCUUGUUCAGCGUUGCAUGUGAAGAAUCAGAAACAAACAACACAGCGUAAUGGCUUCUCAGAUCCUUAGAAGAACACUCGGAAGCCGCUAUUUCGCAAACCACAGAUCCUUCUCUUCCGAUUCCACUCCGAUCCGCGCCACCCUUUUCCCCGGCGAUGGUAUCGGUCCCGAAAUCGCUGAUUCCGUCAAACAGAUAUUCCAAGCUGCUGAUGCGCAAAUAGAAUGGGAAGAGCAUUAUGUAGGGACUGAAGUUGACCCUAGAACAAAGAGCUUUCUGACAUGGGAAAGUUUAGAAUCAGUUAGGCGGAAUAAGGUUGGCUUGAAAGGGCCAAUGGCCACCCCUAUCGGUAAAGGGCAUCGUUCACUAAACCUUACUCUAAGAAAAGAGCUUAAUUUAUAUGCCAAUGUUCGACCUUGCUACAGCCUUAAUGGAUACAAAACUCGAUACGAUAAUGUUGAUCUCAUCACAAUCCGUGAAAAUACCGAAGGCGAGUAUAGUGGACUUGAACAUCAGGUUGUGAGGGGUGUAGUAGAAAGUAUCAAAAUCAUUACACGUCAAGCAAGUAUAAGGGUAGCUGAGUAUGCUUUUCACUACGCCAAGGAACAUGGAAGAAAGAGAGUGUCUGCUAUACACAAAGCUAACAUUAUGCAAAAGACUGAUGGUCUUUUCCUCAAGUGUUGCCGUGAGGUUGCAGAGAAAUAUCCCGAGAUAGUGUACGAGGAAGUUGUCAUUGACAAUUGCUGCAUGAUGCUUGUGAAGAAUCCUGGACUCUUUGAUGUAUUGGUGAUGCCUAACCUUUACGGUGAUAUAAUCAGCGACCUGUGUGCUGGCUUGAUUGGGGGAUUGGGCUUGACACCAAGCCUCAACAUUGGUGAGGGAGGUAUUGCACUUGCUGAGGCUGUACAUGGUUCAGCACCUGAUAUUGCUGGAAAGAAUUUGGCAAAUCCAACAGCUUUGCUGCUGAGCUCUGUCUCAAUGUUGCGCCAUUUGGAUCUCCAUGACAAAGCGGAUCGGAUUCAAAAUGCCAUUCUUAACACAAUUGCUGAAGGGAAGUACCGAACUGCUGAUCUUGGUGGCAGUUCAAAGACAACUGAAUUUACAAAAGCAAUUAUUGAUCAUCUUUGAUUUUUUGCUUCGGAGUCGGCAAGAAAUUGUUAAUUAUGAUUUUGUUUCAGUCAAUUUCUUUUUAUUUCCCCAAGUUUUUUGGAGGAGUGGGAUUUCCUCAGCUUAAUGGGUAAAGCAUCUACAUAUGCGACAUUACAACCAAAGGCAAGGAAUGGACAAAAAUUCAAGUAUUUGAUGUCCCCUGCUGUCUAAUGACAACCCUUGCUAGUCCAUUUUAGUAUUCAUUGUCAAUAAUAUAGCUAAAUAAAGCACCUUAUGAUGUUUAAUUCCUUUCUGAUCAUUACCUUUUUUUAAAAAAUUGUGAUUAUCACCUUUUUUUAAUUGUGCAAGUUGUUUGCUUGCUCUAAUUUUGCAAAAUUCUUAUUUGUAAUAAUAGCAACUUGUUUAUGUUCCUGAGAGACGAAGUUGUUGAGUAAUUGCCAUUAAUCCAAUCAUGUCAUGGUUGGGUUUUGUACUA